UGAACGGUCGUUAAUGUACCGUUGUGUCGUACGCGUUGUGUUUCCAAUGGUCGGGUUUUGACAGUUGAAUGACGGGAUUACGUAUAUGUUUGGUAAUAAGUUUUAUUUUGUGAAUACAGAGGAUUCGCCACAAUAUGAAGACGGAGCACCGCACUUGCUGCGCGUGCGGCGAGCCUAUAGCGGACCGCUUCCUUCUAGAAGUGGGCGGCGGUGCGUGGCACACGGGUUGUCUGCGCUGCUGCGUGUGCGCUGUGCAGCUCGACAGACAUCCCUCCUGCUUUCUGCGGGACAGACAGGUCUACUGCAAACAGGACUAUGCCAAGAGUUUUGGCGCCAAGUGCUCCAAAUGUUGCCGUGGAAUAUCCUCAUCUGACUGGGUGCGCAAGGCCCGGGAACAAGUGUACCACUUGGCUUGCUUCGCCUGCGACGCUUGUGGUCGGCAGCUCUCUACAGGAGAACAGUUUGCCCUUCACGAAGACCGAGUGCUGUGCAAACCACAUUAUCUAGAGACACUAGACGGAGGAUCUAUUUCGUCUGAUGAUGGUUGCGACUCAGAAGGUUAUCACAAGAGUAAGGCGAAACGGGUCAGAACGACAUUCACAGAAGAACAGCUGCAAGUAUUACAAGCAAACUUUCAGCUGGAUUCCAACCCAGACGGCCAAGACCUUGAAAGGAUAGCACAAGUUACUGGGUUAAGUAAACGAGUCACGCAAGUGUGGUUCCAGAAUAGUCGUGCUCGUCAGAAGAAGCACCAACAUACGGGAAAAGGCAAACAAAGUCAAGCGAUGUCAAGAGACACAGAUCCGGUGGGGUUUGGCCGGCCUAUCAACCUCCACCUUACUUAUUCCUUUCAGAACAAGCCGCCUUUUGUUCCAAUAGAUGGAACUUCUUUCACGGAUUCUUCAAUGGAUGAACUCUCAGAAGAUUCAUCGAUCCACUGUAUGCAGAGUGAAGUCUAGGAACCAUGUACUGCCCCUAAAACUUCUUGCCUAGUUUGAGCUGUAUCUUGUAUACCUCUUGUAGAUAUUAUUUAAAUUACUUUUAAUUUAUGUGUAGAUUUUGUUCAUAUAAAAGAUUGUAUUAACUAUUUUUUAUCAGUUUUUAUAGAUUUCAUUUAAACAUUGCAUUUAUAACUUAUAGAACAUAAUGUAUAUUUAUUAAACCUGCAAUAAGUGAAGUAAGUGUGAACGAUUUUUAUAAAAGGUUAAAUAAAAAAAUUCUGCUUACAAGUCUACACGUCACAUGGUUUAAUAAAACUAAUGUCUAUUCAAGCUUAGGGGGAUAAAAAGUUCAAUUUGUUUUGAAUAUAAAUUUCUAGCAUUAACAACAAAUAUCAAUUGCCCUUUUCAUACUUUGUGAUUAGAAGAAGCUAAUAUAUUUUAUCACGACUUUAAGACAUAUUUACGAUUAUACUUUUUAAACGAUGUCGAUUACGACAUAAUACCUACCUUGUUUAUAACCUGCCUUUUUUAUUUAUUAUAGAUUAAUAAACUCAUUAAUGGAAUAUACGGCAAACGAAACACACUCAUUUAAUAUUGUAGUCCAGUUUUUUUAAUUGUAACAUAAUACUAUCUAAAAUAUAUUCCAAUUUGUAAAAUAUAUUUAUAAUCAUAAUUAAUAUAAUAAAUUUAUUUAAGGCAUAAAAUAAUAUCUUAUAUUGUAAAAAGUUGUAUUUAUUUAUUUAUUUUAAAACUGUGAUACGUUCGUUCAAAUUAAUAAUUUGUCUAUGGUCGAGCGGCAUUGCUCCGAACUGGCAACACUGAACUCUGAUGUCACUAUAGAAAUAUAUUGUAGUGCCAAAAUAUUAUAUUUCAAUAAAUAACAUUUAAUGUUUAAUGUCAAUACGUAUAAAUGAAAAAAUA